AUGAGACGCGGCCGGGGAGAUCUGAUCAAUGCGGCACUCCCGGACGAGGUCCUCAUGGAUAUAUUCGCCCGCGUGGAGAGCAAGUCCGGCCGGGAUGCUUGUUCUCUGGUGUGCCGUCGCUGGCUCCGCCUCGAGCGGGCUUCCCGCCGCGCCGUCCGGAUCGGGGCCUCCGGCACUGCCGACCGUGUCGUCCGCUGCCUCGUCCGCCGGUUCUCCGGUCUCCGCGACGUCUUCUUCAACGAGCGUCUCCCGGUCUCAGCCUCUCCUCCCCGCUCCCCCCCAUUGGCGUUUACCAACCGCAGGACGCGCCUUUCAGCGGUGAGUCUUGCAAAUCCUUUUACCUUAGUUCUGAUCCUGCAACUCUUUAAAGGGUUUACCUGAAUCUCUAUGCCAUUGCAUUGAAACAAAAAAAAAAAUGGGCGUCAAGUCUCCGAAACUGCUUACGCCAUCGAAAUCGAACCAAACAGCGUUUUGAAAGUUGUCUAAAUGAAGCCACAGAUGAUAAUGAUUAUGGGCUAAGCUAUCAUUUCUAAGGUUGGCGACAGUAUAACGAGGGAACCAUUUACCGGGUAUUUUGCAUGAACAUCUGGCUGAUAGGUUAGCCGAUUGAUUGAUAGGGGAUAGUGCACACCGAUGAUCUAUCACCUUCAUUGUGACGGCUGAAAAGAGCACUGGAUUUGGCACCUUACGUACGGUUUAAGAAAACCAAUGUUCUUUUGUUGCGUCGUAAACAAGUUUUUUGCUCAAUAUUCUUAACUCCAAAAUGAGACGACCUUGCUCAUUUGGAGAACUACGGAAAAUUGGAUAUGCGGAAUGGCUAAAUUUAUAUGAGGUUUAAUCAACUGGUAUUGGCUUGUCCAGCAAGUUGUUGGAGAUGAAAUUGACCGUUUAAUUGGAUUUGAGUUUCGAUAGACUAAUGAUUCACCGCAUAAAACUGAGCACGAAAGGCAAUUCUGCAUCUCUUUCGACUGCACUUUCAUUGGGAAGGCAUGACCUCAUUUUUAUUAUGACCCGAUGCCUAAGGAUUCUUAAUGUAAGUUUUUUUGGCAUUUUCGUGGCGGGAACAUCUCUCCAACUUUCAAGAAUGAUUUACUCUUCAAAACUGGUUCGUUUUUAUGUGAAGAAGAUGAAGCAUGCUUCACCUACUUCAACAUUCAUAAGGUGGAAGAUGUCUUUAAAUAUCCUUGCUGUAAACGCUUGAGUUAAGGGAGGUUCAUGCAUUCCAUCUACCGCCCCCCCCUCCCUCCUAACACACACACGCACACACACACACACACACACAUCCCACUUGCAAAGGAAAGAAAAGAGGGAACGUUACCAAAUCUAUAUCUAUUUAAUUUGCUGUGGACGGGAUAAAUGCUUCUCAAAAAUAUUCCAGUUUAGAAUUCACUCUGCGGUUAAAUGUUUGGGGAACUCUUACAUCCUUUUAAAUUGAGAUUUUUGUCAUUGAGACUUUCACGAGGGAAUUUAUAUGUAAUUGAUACUCCACCGUUCAGAGAACAUAAGAACUUCAUGCACUUUAUGUAGCAAUGCAAACGAAUAUUUGGAUCACACCGUUUGUGUAGAAUCUGUAAAAAUGAAAGAGACAUGGAGAAGUUGGCUGGAGAGGAGAUCAUGGCUAGUGGUAUCUCAUACUACAUGUGAACAUUUGCACUAUCUGAAAGAAUGAAACAUUCACAUUUUUGCUCCUGAGAGACACUCAUCGAGUAAAUGAGGGCAAAGGUAAACCUUAAUGAGGGAGAGGAUGAGUAUUUCCUUUUGAGAGCUUGGAUAUUUAGAGUGCCACGGGCCAUCCUAGUUUAUGGUUUUUCCUUUAGUAUAUGGGCACUUUUCUCAUUAGAGGUGAACGUUUGCAUGUGUAUAUUCUUGUUCUUCCUUUUUUAUUCUGAGGCCAUCAUAUGUCUGAAUAAGGAUUUUAUCUGAUAACGUUUGUUUGUUUUUUUAAUGGAACUAGAUCAUAAAAGUGGACAGGUCCCACCACUUUCCUAUGAAUACGAAUCAAAUAAAUCACAGAAAUACCAUGUAUUAGCCAUCAGGAAACUAAGGUGAGGCUAACAAUGCCAGCCAAAACAGCUGAGUUUCUGAGUAAUUGAAUUCUAAAUAAAUUGAACGCAACAGUAAAUUAUUCUUUUGUUUCUGGUCACUCUGGUGACAGUAUCUUGCAUGCGCUGACUGGGGCUUGUAUUGUAUUCUAAGAAAUAAUUGAAAGCUUCCCUAAAAGAAGGCAGACAAAAGGAGUUCACACGUCUGAGAGUCUGCCCUAUCUUUGUACAAAAAUGCUUACUUCGUUGCUUUGUCGCUCCAUAAUGAUUAAAAAUGAUUAUAAUUUCCCACAGAAGCUGUAUGAUUCUAAAUGUCACAAAAGAUGAUUGGUGGCUUCAUGACAGGCUCUGCAAAAAAAUACGACUGUUCUCUGUGGUCUGACUUUUCACUGUAGGAGGAAUGCUAAUCGUGACCUUCUCUCAGAAAAUUCUUACCUUGGUUAGGAGAUUCGGGUCCUCACAAAACGUUUCCCAGCACUGUACAGUUGCUUUCUUCAUAUGCUGGGUUCUGUCUUCUACUAAAUUAUUAGUAUCAGUUAGUGUGCUUUGAAUUCUUUUUUUCCCCUCUCACACUUUUUAACUCUAUUAUUCCGUCCUAGAUCUUUCAGUGUCCUAAGGAGAAUACUACGUAACAAGAAAAAAAAUAUACAGUUUGAUGUAAAGUCCUCACCAUUCAGGAAUUUUUUGAUAUUAGACCAUCCUCUUGAGAUGUAGGAUUGGGUAGCUAAUUAUGCUCUUAUUUGCUUUAAAAAACUAAGUGGAUAAAUAUUAUUACUUGCACCCGUGAACCAUGGGAGUUAUUGAACUAUUAAAUUCAGAUUUUAAAAAACUAUUAAAUUUAGUUAAGAUCUUGCAAAAGUUUGCUACAGGUAUCUACUGGUGGUAUUUUCUUUGUUUUUCUGAAUUAUUAUUAAUUAGACCUAAGAAAGAGAUUGCACUUACCUAUGCCGAAUUAGCGUUGUGUUAUAACUUCCAAAUUUCAUGUUGUAGGCUGCAUUUUGUGCCACCUCGCAAAAGGUUGAGAUUGCCAAACUAAUUUAUGUUCAUCAUGAAGGCAAUGUUAUUGUCAGUUAGUCUUACAGUUUUUCCUUGAUGUUGUAGUAACUUUUGAAAAUAAUGCCAAAGUUUACCUUGCAGUGGAAGUCACUUUCAAACACAUUCAGCAAUGCCAAUUGUGGCAUAAGCAGUGAGACUGAAGAACUUGAAUCUGAGAGUUCCAGUCUUUCUGAUGCCGGCCUUGUUGUGCUUGCUGAGUGGUGCACACAACUUGAAAAGCUGAGCUUAAUAUGGUGCUCUAACAUCACAAGUAUGGGUUUGAAAUCUGUUGCUCAGAAAUGCAUGGCUUUAAAGUCCCUGGAUGUGCAGGUGCAUUCUUUGUUUCAUAGCUGAUUGCUUGAAAAUUUUCACAUUAUGAGUUAACUAGGUAUAGUGUUAAUCAUACCAACUAUGUGAAUGCCAUUUUGCAAUGAUGUAAGAUAUUAUCUUAUUAUUUAGCCAUUCAAACAUAUUUUCUGCCAUUGAGCUGCUUCUAUAUUUUAAUUUUUCUCAUUUUUUCUGGCCUGCAGGAAAUUCAUUAAACUUUUGGUUACUGCCCAUUAGUGUAAUAGUAAGAUCAGAUCAUGUAUGCAACUUGGGGAGGAGAAAUUAUCUUUGAUAUACACUGAUAGACGAUUUAUAUUAAUUUCAUUGUAUAAAACUUAUUUUUCUAUAUUUAUCAUUACAUUAUAUUUUUUUAUUUUUUCUGCACCAAAAUCAGAAGACUGGGUGACCGUACAAUACCAUGAGAAUGAUUUUUGGAAAUCUAAUGAAUCAUCGUAUAAUGUUCAUGCUAAAUAAUUUUUCUAUUAUUAGUGAAUUAUAUGAUUCAAAAAAGAAUAUAUCAUAUCUCAUUGCAAGAUUUUUCUCUCUGUUUACUUCAUGUUUGAUGCAUUUCCUCACACCUUGAACACUUGCUCUAGAUUAGUAGGCAAUGUUGCUAGAAUAUUAUAAUAACUUGGGAUCGUUGAAGCAAACAGUAUAGAAGGCCCUCUAUCUCUGUAGAUUGUGCUUUAGGUUGUUGAGUAAUUUCAAGUCGUUUUCAUGGUAUCAUUGAAGCAAACGGUAAAACUUUUUGAAAGUUAUUGAGCCAAUUGCUUCCAAAAGUUGAGCAUGUUGAUCUUCCAAAAGUUGACAGUUUAUUGGUUCGAUUUGUCAGUUUCAAAUGGCAACUGGGAUUUAAUCAAACUAGUUAAAUAUUUUACUUCUUUUAUUACUGCCUUUUUUCUGUAAAUUUUACUGUUAUUAUGCUAUUGUCUUUUAACUGCAUAAAGCUGUAGCGGCUGGUGUUUCCUUUGUUUGCAGGGUUGCUAUAUUGGAGAUAACGGUCUUAUUGCUAUUGGAGACUAUUGUAAGAAACUUGAGGACCUGAACUUACGCUUUUGUGAGGGAUUGACUGACAGUGGUUUGAUAGGUCUGGUUCGAGGAUGUGGUAAAUCAAUAAAAACUCUUGGUGUUGCAGCCUGUACAUGGAUAACUGAUAUGUCCCUUGAGGCAGUGGGAUCUCAUUGUCCAUCUCUUGAAGUGUUAUCAUUGGACUCGGAAAUAAUUAAAAACAAAGGAAUACUUUCAGUUGCUUCUCAGUGCCCAGCACUGAAGGUUUUGAGGUUGCAGUGCAUAAGUGCAACAGAUGAUGCUUUGUUAGCUAUCGGUUCAAAUUGUGCCUCACUGGAAUUUUUAGCUCUGAACAGUUUUCAGAAAUUUACUGACAGGUGUGUACCAUUCGUUUCAUCCUCAUUCUUUCUAUUUAGCAAAAAAAAAUUAUUCGGGCAGCAUUGGUAUUGUUAUUUUCUAUUUUCUACUGCUAAACAUUGGGAAGCAUGGCCCUCUUUCUGUAUCGCUUUUAGUGGUGUUUGUCCCAUCAAGGUAUUUAAGAAAUCAUUGGCCCUCCUAUUAGCAUUUUCUCUUCCAUCAAGGCGUUCAAGAAUUCUUGCUCCAGUAAAUAUGACAUUAUAACUAUGUUCUUGCCCCUAGUGGUUUAUUUUGUAAAAGAUUACUUUUAUGAUUGGCAGUAUUUUGCAAAAGACUUUGUGGUAUUGCAUUUCUUUUCUAAAAGUCUCAUAUUCUAGAAUUGGUCACUUAGUUUUGUGCUGUUAAAAUUUUUAACUCUAUAAACAGUUAUGUUUAUUAAUUUUUAUUUGAAUGUUGUAGGGGACUUUCUGCUAUUGGUCAUGGAUGUAAGAGACUGAAGAAUCUUACACUUAGUGACUGCUACUUCUUAAGUGAUAAGAGUCUUUUGGCAAUUGCAUCUGGCUGCAGCGAACUGACACAUUUGGAGGUUAAUGGGUGUACUAAUAUUAGUACGUUUGGAGUGGAAUCUAUUGGACGAUCUUGCCCGUAUGCUCUGCUUUCUCUAUUUUCAGAGGCUUAUUCCCUGGGAUCAUAACUAUUACGGAAUUUAUUUUUUUUAUUCGAAUUGGAAUCCUGGCUUUUUGCAAUGGCUCGUUUUAAUGUUUAGGAAUCCAGCAUGUAGUUUUUGAAGUAUUUCCUUAUGUGAGCUAUUGUGUUUUUUUAUCUCAAUUUCAUUCCUUGUAUAUUUUUCUACAAAUUCUAUGUUAACGAUGUAAAAAAAUUUAUAUCUGUGAGGUGGUCUCUAAAAUGUCUGGGUGAUGGCUUACGAGAAGUAUCACUCAAAUCCAUUAUCUUCUUGACACAAGCUCCUGAAUGGAUGACCAUCAAAAUAAACAAAAACUUUUGACCUGAUGAUGACAAGUCAAUUCCUAGAAAGAGGGGAUUAUGGAUGAAAGGAAUGAACGGGGGAUUCCUCAAGAAAUAUCUUUGAAUGGUUAUGGACGAAGAGUAAUAUGGUUCUGGACAGUAAAUGGAGGUAUUAUGAUAUGAGAUAUCCGAUAGGAAUUGAUUUGCAGAUAAUUCCCGAAUGUCUUCUAUGUCUGUAAGGCAAUGUUGUCUCCGAAGAAAGCAUUGAUCAAUCCAAGCACUGAACUCAGCUGCAGAACAUGGGACACCAUCAUGUUUUGCCAAGCCCGAUACAGCAUAGAAGUUUUUUGCUUAUCUUGCGUCUGAAUGAUGAGGAACACGAAAUGCAUUGAUGUCCGAGUAAACCAAGGAUUUAUACAUGAGCUUCAUUAAUGUAACGCCAGCAUACUUCGUCUUCACUAAGGGAGUGGUGAGACCAUGUUCAUUUGCCAUUCGUACACAUGCCACUGGUGUUCAGAAACUUAGGAUUGAAGUUUAGUCUUCAGAUUAGUACUCUAUGGAUUACAAUGGAUGCUAAUUUAUGAGGUUAUGUGGAGAGAGGAAAAUUGUACAAUUUCUGGAAUAAGUUGGAAAUUAUCUCUAGCUUCAUGUGGUUUUCAAUUAAUUAUUGGUGUAAUUAUUUGUUCUUUCUUAGGCAGAGAAUGGAUAGAGAGAAUGUAAUAAUCGGUGAGAAUUCCAAAUGCAGAGAAUGGAUAGUCAGAGAACAAUCAUCUGACAAGUUCUUUGUGGAAGUAUCAUUUAAGAGUGUAGCCGAGGUAGGUACUAAUAAUAGCUUGAGGAUCGGCCUAGUUGGACAAAUUAAGUGAAGCAUAAACAUCCAAACAAUUUAGGGGUAAGCUGGAAAAGAGGGCCUUUCUAUGAGAGGACAAGAGGAGACUUGUGUCCCAAAACUCUGGAUGGCAUUCGAUUGAUUAUAUGUGCCAUUGUCAAAAUUGCUUCAGCCCAUAACUUCUUAGGGAGAAUAUGUUGAAUAUUGGCCCUGCUGUCUAAGGUAGAUGCUUUUUAUCUUGCUCUGCCACCCCCAUUCUCAGAGAAGAUAUGUUGUUAGGUUUCCCUAGGUACUCUUUAUCAUUUUUUUAACAGUUUCUUUAUAGUUCUGGUGCUUGAUUUUUGAUAUGUGGUUGAAUACUUGUAUCACAUUGGGAACUUCUAACGCCCUCAUCAAAUAUAUCCACAUACAAUGUGUAUAGUCAUCAAUUGAUAGAAUAUUUAUGUCCAUCCAUUUAAAUAGUUGAGGACCAGGCAUGUCAGAGUGAAUAAGAUCAAAAGGACUGGCAUUCUUUGUAGUAAAUAUGGACAAUAUGUUCGACAGUAUUUUGAGAGAUGGUAAACUUGACACUUUCCAGACUCAAGGCUAAGUUUAUUAAACAAGGAUGGAACCAGCAAGUCUAAUGAAUGAAGCAGAAAAUGUCUAAGGCAAAGAUGCCAAGGAUAAAUCUCCCUAAUCUCUUUAUUCGCAUUUUAUAUGAUUCUUUGAGACUACAACAUUGAGCAAGCUCUAGUUGAGAGGUAAUGAAACCAUCCUACUUUAUGACCACUUCCAACCAUUUGUCUCGUCCUCACAUUGUGGAAAACAUAAUGAUUCGCUAAGAAUGUUACAUGAAAAUUUAUGGAUUUUUUUAGUCAACUAACAGAAAGUGAGUCACUGGUGGUCAUGAGCAUUUCCUCUGCACAACCAAGGGGAUCUCAGACUAAGCUGUGUUAGUAUCUUGGAUUUUUGGAUUAAGUCACCUGCAGCCUUCACCACUACCAUUCUCCAACUCCUUGUGGGAGCCCCCCUUCAUUGGACGUAUGUAUGUUAUUCUUUUUUCCUUUGGGGCAGGACAGCAAAGGGCACGACUUCAGAGCAAUGUCCCGCUUGCAAUGGGAUGAACCAUGACAGCUUAUGCAUUGCGUUCUGCUUCCAUUUGCCACUGAAAGAAAUGCAGGCAAUAUCCGCAUCAUAUUUGACUUCCAUUGCAGAAAGUUGAGGUUCAGAGUUGACUGCCUGCAAUAAUUAUUGACCACAACGGCCAAGAAUGAUCCUCAUGAUGGAUAAGGUAGAAGCUGUUCGAGAAUUCCAGAUCAUGAUAAGCAAGGUUCAUGCUUCAAUAUCUGAAUAUUUUCUGAGAAAAGAAGAAAAGAAGGGUGAAAAGUGAGGGAGAGAAGUUAACCUGGAAGACCCCAGGCUUAAGGCGAACAGUGGAGAGAAAACAUUCUCUUGUCCGUUCCCACUAGCUCUAACAGAAUAUAUGAAUAUAUAUCUGUACACUUACAUUGAGUCCAUUCAAGUAUAUGGAUAAGGCUUGCAUUCAGUUAUUGGGUUCAACAAGGUUGGAUAGCCAAGCCCGAUUACACGAGCAUAGUAGUGCUUCAACACUAGUCGGGAGAGAGAGAGAGAGAGAGAGAGCUUGGUUAAAAACAAUUACUCAUGUUUAUUCUCACUUUCAAAUGAUCUUGAUUUGGCAGCUAAUUUAUUGCAGAUAUCACACAAGCUAUAUCUUAUCUGACACGCUAAUAUGUUGGUCUCCCGCAAAAUUUAACCUUUCUAUGCUUGUUCCUUUUUUGCGACUUGUACAGAUAUUCUUUUUUAGAUGUCUGUUUUUCUUUUACAUUUCAUUGUGUAAAUAUUUACAAUUGAUACCAGGAAACUUUUGGAGCUGGGCCUAUUAUAUUGCCAAAGAAUUGGCAAUAGUGCUCUUGCUGAAAUUGGUAGAGGUUGCUCCCUUUUGCAAGCUCUUCACUUGGUCGAUUGUUUUAGCAUAGGUGAUGAUGCAAUGGCCAGUAUAGCACAUGGUUGUAGAAACCUGCGGAAGUUGCAUGUUCGUCGUUGUUAUGAGGUAAGAUGCUUCCUGGUUACUCUUUUGUGACGUUGUACGUAAAGUAUUGUAAAAUUGUUGUUAACUUCGUAAGUAAAGAAGAAUACACUGCAUUCAGUUAUAUCAACCAUUCUGGGGAAGGGUAGCUCAAAUGUGUUUUCUAAUUCCAACAAACAGAGAAAUAGGGAGCAAGAAAGCCGUAGGCAGGAAAAAGAUGUGCAAACCUGAGAAAAUAGGAUGAACAGAAGAGAAAAUCUUCAAGAGGCCUCUUCUACUAGAGGUGUAACCGACCUCCUCUCUUCUUCUCUUUUAGCGAAGUUGAAAAGGAAUGGGGAGAGGGUGGUUAUUAGGUGCAGCAAUAACAGAUCCAUGUCAAAAUACCACCGUGACUCCUGUCAGGGAUUUUUCUUCUUCCUCUAUCCUUUCCUUUGAACAGUGGGAUAGAGAGGAUUGUCUCCCACACUUAAAGCUGCCUUGCUAUCGCCAUAUAGUUUAAAUGGAAGUUUCACCUUGACUUCAAUGCACUCAAUCAUUCUGAACCACAUGAGUGCUAUUAAACAUAGUACCAUGGCCCUUUGCGCAGUUUUUGCCCUAGAUCUAGAAACAGCAUUCUGCUUCUUUUUCCUCAAGACAUAAGAUUCCCAUGUAGGCAAGUGCAGUAUCAUGUACGUGAUUUUCUACCACCAUAUGAUUUUGUCACUCAUCAUCCGUACGCCUUACAACCUGCAUGUUUCUGUAGAUAGAAGAAAAUAUCUCUUUCUCAUGGGAGGAUUGGUAUAGUGAGCAAUUUGAUCUGAAGCAUUCGUAUAAGUAGGACUCAGUUUACUGAGUAAUUUGAACUCUAACUUUCGUAAGAGAAGUUCUUGUUGAAUGCACAAACUGAUCGAGUUCACCCACAACGUGGAUAACAGCUAAAUUGUUCAUGGUUAAGUGCAUCAGUGACAUCUAGAGAUUGUCGUUCUCUAGUGCUCUCAUGUUUGUAUAUUUGGGUGUCUAGUAAAGUUUCUAGCUUCGCUCCUUUAUGCAAUCAACAAGUCUAGAAAUGCCUCAAUCCACGAUGCAUCCGUAGGGGAGGAUUGUAUGGGUGGAGACAACUUGAGAUUUCUUAAAAACUCGUCAUUUGCUUGCAAAUGAUCGGUAGUAGGGGCCCUGUGCUGGAAUAUGUCAGGAAUUGCUUCUCACUAAAAUCACUAGAUUUGUCAGCAUUUUCACGACAAGAAAAAAUUAUAUGGACCUUUUGUGGUAUCUGAAAAUGAAUGCAGAGGAUAAAGAGAAUGUAGGCAAUCAGGGUGCCAUUAGAGGCUGGAGAUAUCUCCCUCCUAUUGAAGACUUUCUGUGGGCGUAAAUUGGAACUCAUUCUCAACAAAUGUGGCUUCUUUAAAAUAUAUUGCUUCCAUGUUCAAUGAACUAGACACUUACUCCGUCACUAUAUAAAGAGUAACAAAAGAAAAUACCUUAUAGAGUACUGAGGUGAGUUUGGAAGAUCUUCGAUUAACACUGAAUAAAUUAGAGGCACUAAAACUUUUGAUGGGAGAGCAAGAAAUGGACUUCCUUGGUUGUAUCUUCAUCAUCAUAUUAAAAUAAAAAUCCAACAAUCUAAGCACUAUCUCUGUACUCCACUCCACUAAUUCAUCCUGAAAUUUUCUUUGUUUGCAUAAAGCAAACUGAUAAAUGACUGGUCCAUACUGAUACGAAUUAAUCCAAACUAUGUGGAUAACUGCUUUACGAUUUUGAGUUAUUUUCAGUAAUCUAAGCUUCUUCAUAUGGAUUUUGUGUAUAAAUCUAAUUAAUGAUAUCUUUAAUGUUCUCUCCACAUUUUUUUAUUGGCAGAUUGGCAACAGGGGUAUCAUUUCAGUUGGCACACAUUGUCGAUAUCUCACAGAUCUUAGUGUUCAGUUCUGUGAUAGGUGAAAAUUCAACACAUACCUCACUUUCCAUGAGUAGACACUAAUACCUUAGUUUUCGUUUCUGUCCUGUUUUAAAUGUCACCAAUUUUAUCAUGACCGUACAAAGUUUAGAUGUAUAUAAAUGAGACACGCACAAGGAUUGGUGAGAAUAUCUUUACUUAAUCCUUGCCAUUGUUUCAGGGUGAACGUUACUAUGAGUGAGUUUUUUGACCAUUUGAUGCCUAUUGUCCACCGUUUUUGCAAUGGUUUCACCUAAUGCCUGUUUGCCAAUGGCAUAUUUUUGUAAGCAGUUACAGUGAAGAUUAUUUUCUCUUUUACUCACUUACAUGGAAUUAUCUUCCAUGAGUCUUGCACACUCUAUUCCUCUGUGUCUUUGACGAGAUACAUACAUUGAUUUUCAUGCAUAGUUUGGGGUAGAGGUGUCCCAGCCAAUUCAUAAUAUUAUUACCGUUUUUUCUCUGACAAUGAUGAGUGGGAAGUGAGAGAAUAGAUUCAUGCAUGCAUAUAUGUUUCUUUUUUAAAGAUUAAGGUAUGCUAAAUACCACAUUUUAGUCACAUGGUUGUUUAUUCUUUAAUUUAUUGUGGCACUUUAUUCGUACUAAUAAUGUUAGUGAACCUUAGCCUAGUGAAGAUUUGAUAACAACCAUAUUUCCCAAAAAACACCAAGAUCUAGUCUAGGAUCUUGCAUUCUCCAGGUCGGAUCUCACGUUUGAUUCAGCUAACUGAAGCUAGUUUUCACCUUGUUCCAUCUAUGCAUUUUCCAUUGUUUAUUUUCCAACUUUGUGUUCAAUUCUACAUGAUCCACUUCACUACAACGUAUAUUCUUGGGUCUUAUCCGCUGUCAGGGUCGGAGAUUCUUCUCUAAUUGCUAUUGGUGAAGGCUGCCCCCUCCAACGCUUGAAUGUCAGCGGAUGCCACCAAAUCACCGACAUCGGGCUGGCAGCUAUUGCCAGAGGAUGUCCUUCUCUUGUUUACCUUGACAUCAGCGUCCUCCAGGUACUGUCCCAUCCCCCCACCACUUGACUUGCAGACGCAAUAUCGGAAAGAUCUAAGCUUAUGCCUACCAUAGUUUACGAACCUUGGUCAGGCCUCAAUAUCCUCUUAUAUUUUUAUGCAAUAAUUCGCUCCAACUUUGAUAUAUCAACCCUCUACAUACGGUACAUGUGUGAAGAUAUCAAACACAAUGAGAUAAUCACCACUUGAUCUUGUGGGUGAAUUUCAUUUCUCUCACUGCAGAGUCUGGGUGACAUGGCGCUUGCAGAGCUGGGUGAGGGCUGCCCGGAGCUCAGGGACAUCGUAAUGUCGCACUGCCCCAAGAUAAGUGACGUGGGCCUGACCCACCUCGUCAAGGGAUGCGCUCUGCUUCAAUCCUUGCAGAUCGUCUACUGCCCGGGCAUCACCUCGGCUGGCGUGGCCACCAUCGUUUCGGGCUGUGCGGCCAUCAGGAAGGUCCUCGUGGAGAAGUGGAAGGUCAGCGCAAGAACUAAGAGGAAGGCGGCCUCCGUGCUGUCCUUCUUGUGUGUGGACCUCUAG